AAAAAAAAAAAAGGUUAGCGGUAAAAAAUAUCCACGUGUGUAGUCGAAGAAAAAAACUACCCAUUUACUAAAUAAUUUUACAGUUCAUUAUAACAAUUAAUUACAAACAAGAAAAUGUCCGAAGAUGCAGACAUCAAAACUUUUGAAGAAGCUGUGAAAGAAGUAGAUGAUAUACUAAGAUGUUUCAAUGGAUUAACUAGAAACGCAAUAGUGUCUCAUAUUGUAACAACAUGGUUGGCUGAAAGAAUCGGUUCUAUGCCAGGUUCAUCGAAUGCCGAGCAGAAUCACUUGGAAGUCGCAAAUGGCGCAGGCCAAGAUGAAAAUAACGACGAUUCCGAAGUGUUGGAUGACCCCAUCAUGGCUUUGGAACGCAUCGUCGCUAGUUUGAAAUCCAAAGUACCUCGAAGUGGAAUUCUUCCAUCAGAAACAUUCAUUACAUCCAAUAAACAAGAGAAUUCUGGACCUGAUUCUGAUACGACAAUUCAUAUUGACGGCUUUCUUUACGAUGAGGAAGAUCUAGAAACUCUUGAAGAUGACGGAGAUCUUGCUCGUUAUUACUGCGAGGAUUGCGGCUCUAAAAAAAUUAAAUUUUUGAACAUAAUAUCAAAUUCAAUGAAUCGCGAGGAAUUGUUUCAUAUCUUCAAUGAUUAUCUCCCAACACUUGACGGGAAGAUUGUUCUCGAUGUUGGCUCACGUCUUGGUGCAGUUUUAUACGGCGCUUACGUAUUCACCGAUGCUGAAAAAAUAAUUGGCGUGGAAAUGAACAAAGAAUUUUGCGAUAUCCAAAACCAGAUUGUCAAAGAAUUCAAAAUGAUUAAAAGAGUUGAAGUUAUUAACAAAGAUAUCAAGAAUGCUGCAGACGUACUGAAAUCAGCGGACGUUGUUGUCUUGAACAAUGUCUUCGAAUCUUAUUUACCAGAAGAUAAGCAAGCGGAGAUGUGGAAUUUUUUAAAAGAACACAUCAAGAAAGGUGCUUUCAUUGUGUCCCGUCCACAUAUUAAAGAAAUAUUGGAUAAAUUAGAUGUCAAUAUUAAUGUCGAUGAGUGGGUAAAAAAAGUAGAGGGCACCGAGGGCAGUUGCCAGACCGAAAUCAAAUCAGUUACAGUAGAAAUACCCUUGUCAAAAAUAGCUUGCUAUGUAGUUCUGUAGAGUGUGCUGUCAACUGAUCCCAAAAAUUUUAUACUACAAGUGAUCCCUACAAAUUGAUCCCCCUGACACCUGAAUCCAGUGACAUUCGGUUGAAAAUGAUAAAGAUGAAAGUUUCGGAGAUGGAGAUAAUGAAAAUCUUGAUGAAACUGAUUAAUUAGAAGAUCAGUUGUCAAUUGGAUCUAGUUUGUGGGAUCACUUGUCUGAGAUUAGUUGUCAUAGAACCCUGUUUUAUAGAACUAUCAUUUAUUUCAGUAUAUUUUUUAGAAUGAAUUAUUUUUAUUUACCUCAUUAUUAUGUUACUCAAUUAAAGAAGCAUCUGGGUGGUAUUUAAUAUAGUUAAAAAUAUCAUAAUAGCAUCAACUAUAAAUAUACGGAAGUCGCAUAAUAAGAGAAACUAUUAUUUUAAUUAGCAGUGUCUGUGUGUGUCCAGCUGAGUGAAGUUAAAUAAUUAUAAUAUUAAUCCGUUAUAUAUCUAUACAACUGUUAUAUAUGUAUAUAUAGUAUGCAAUAGCAUGGAGUCUUUAUAAGUACCUAGACUGAAACGUCGAGCCCCUUCUCUGUAUCCAUGAGUAGGAGAAGUCACUGGCAAUAUGGUCAAGUUCAAAUCACGGGUUCAGUCGCCAAUUGACUCACUAUGGAGCUUGCACUAAGUGUUUAAUAAUUAUCAUUUUUUUAUUUUUCAUUCCCUCAAUUACGAUAUAUUAUUUUGUUAAUUAAUCAGCGCUAAUACUUCAGAGACUAGAGCGGUUUUAAAUUGUCCCUAGUGGUUGUGAUAAAACGUUACAGUCAAAGUUUUAGGUAAGAAUAAUUUUUCUACCUGUUCAAUAAAAUUUUUUAAAUAAUUAUUGUAAGAUAUUGAAUUAAAUUCAAUUAAAAAAUAUGUACGUAAUGUUAUAAGUAGAGUUGGUUUAAAUUAAAUAAGUUUUUUUUUAUAGCCAACUGUUGGCAGUUUAUAAACUCAUAUCACUUGUUGUUCCGGUGGUGUAAUUAUGUCAAAUGAUGAUAAACUAAUUAACAGUUGUAAUGAUAAGUACAAUCGUUUAACUGGAACACUAACUAAAGCAUAUAUAAGUAACCUUCGAAUUAACAUUGACCCAUUUACAUUUUAACAUCGGCCUCCACUUCAUUAAAUUUAUCUAAGUUUAAUUUAAUUUUUUAUAUUUCAUAUUAAUUUUUUUAUUUAAAAUAAUCAAAAAAAUUUUAAUUAACUGCUGUACAGAGAACUAGAUUUUAAAUUUGCCAGCUUAUAAUAUUUAAAUAAAAUAUUGUGUUGUAAUUUUUCGUAAUUUAUUGGGAAUGACUUCUUGGCAUUAAAGAGCAAGUGCGAUAAUUAAUCAUACUGAUAUUUAUUGUCAUAAAAUGUCGGAAGAUGAAAAGUUUAAAAAAAAAAAUAAAUAAAUUACAAAGUUAAGGCAAAGAAAAAUUAUGAUCAUUAAUUAAAAUCACACGGUAAAUGUACUUGAGAAAAUAUUGUACGCUCAUCAGCGGACUGUCAUGACAAUGUAUAUUAAUUGCAUUGGUGAGAAAAGACGCAUGUAGAUAUAUAUUUAUAUAUAUGCCAUUUAAAUUGAUCACAUUCGCUGUUAUAUUGAUGCACGCGGAUACCACACACUCCACGUGUUUGCUCACGAUUACACAAUACCAUGGGGCUAAAUGCAAACAUUGCAUACUUUAAUUUAUAUUUAUUUAUACUUGGCAUAUAUAUACAAAUAAUUUAUAUCUUGAGCAACAUUCUUUAGUGUGAAAAAUAAACAAAGUAAAAAUUUACGUGGGUCUUUGUCGGAAGGUUUUGCAUUUAAUUAUCAGUUUUAUCUGAAACUGUUUAAAAUAAAACUGAUUAUUAUUUAAUUUACUGAAUUCCUCAAGAAAAAAUGAGUUCAAAAAAAUUUUAUUUUGUCAAUACAAUCAGUUAUUUAAAACUAGGAUUAAAAAAUAAGUGCCUUAUUAAUAUAAAUAUAAAAAGAAAUGCCAAAACUUGUUCAGCCAAAUGCUAAUUAUUAGAACUUGUCAAUUUUGUACUGUGUAAAAAAUAAAAAUUAUAUAAAUCA